UGGACACUUGUUAGUUGUUGGCAGAACUGUUUUUGAGGUUGACAAAUGCCCGUGAAUGACGUUUGUUUGUAGCACUGUAUCAGUUUGAGAUUCGCACGUGGUUAUUGUAAUCAAAGUAUAUUCACAAUGGUUAAAGUAAAGGCCAAGACUGGGAAGAAAAAGAUAGCUUUAGUACCUCAAGCUAAAAAAGAAGAUGAUAAUGUUGUGGUACUGCCACCGGUGCGAAUGUCUGACGAUCCCGCACCUAGACAGGUAAAAUGGAUUAACCGGCAAAGAGUAUUAGUCUUCGCUGCACGAGGUAUUAACCACCGCCAUCGGCAUCUUAUGGAAGAUAUAAAAAAGUUGAUGCCACAUCAUAAAACAGAGUCUAAGAUGGAGAGAAGCAAAAACUUAUAUGUGGUAAAUGAGAUCAGUGAAAUGAAGAACUGCAAUAAAUGCAUACUUUUUGAAGGCAGGAAGAUGCGAGACCUGUACCUUUGGAUGGCUAAUGUCCCUAAUGGACCGAGUGUUAAGUUUCUGGUUGAAAAUAUUUACACAAUGGCAGAAUUAAAAAUGACUGGCAACUGCCUAAGAGGAUCAAGGCCUCUUUUAUCAUUUGACCCACAAUUUACUAAGGAUCCACAUUACAAUUUACUGAAGGAACUAUUGACGCAGAUAUUUGGGGUUCCUAAACACCAUCCUAAGAGUCAACCAUUCUUUGAUCAUGUAUAUACAUUCAUGAUCUUAGAUAACAGGAUUUGGUUUAGAAAUUACCAAAUUCUCUCUGAAGAUGGAGCUUUAGCUGAAAUUGGACCUAGAUUUGUACUUAAUCCUGUAAAAAUAUUUUCUGGAUCAUUUGGUGGAUCAACAUUGUGGGAAAAUGCUAAGUAUAUCAGUCCAGCAAAACUGAGACAGGCAGCUUCUAAGAAGGCAGGCAGCAAGUAUGAGAGGAGAAUUGAGAAGAAAGCUGUUUAUGAGGCUACCAAACCCGAAACUGGAUAUCCUGAUAUAGAAGGAGCUGACUUCUUCAAAGGUGAUCCUAUGGAGAAAGCACAGGAAGUUAUUGUUAAAGAGGAGAUUGUGGAUGAAUCUAUUGAGGAAGAAAAAGUUCGUAAACCUAAGGCUAAAAAGCCUAUCUUGAGUGUGAUGAAAAAGACUAAAACAAACCCUGACAAAACAAUAAGGCGUAAACAGCUGAAAGCUAAAUCUAAAGCUAUUUCAGACCAGAUUAAGAAGAGGAAGCAAUUUAAAAAGAAAAAGCCUGGUAAAUCGUGAUAAUAAAAUUUAUUGUUCACACAAA